UUUUUUGGAGAAGUUAAUGUGAAAUAUAUAAUUUAUAACAACGCAAUUUGCACUACAAAAAACUUCGUCAAACAAGUGAAAAAUAAAAGGUUAUAAAUAUUAAAUUUGUUAAAGUUUUGUACAAAAGGAUUAGUUGAAAGGUAUACAUAAAAUGCCAUUAAAGGAACGCAAUAUUGCCAUGAUGGGCUACAGCUCUGUGGGCAAAUCUUCGUUAUGCAUACAAUUCGUUGAGGGCCAAUUUGUUGACUCCUAUGAUCCAACAAUUGAAAACACUUUUACGAAAGUAGCGCGUGUCAAUUCGCAAGACUAUGAUGUGAAAGUUGUUGAUACAGCUGGUCAGGAUGAGUACAGUAUAUUCCCGGUACAAUAUAGCAUGGACUUUCAUGGCUAUGUGCUCGUCUAUUCUAUAACCAGCCAGAAAUCUUUUGAAGUUAUAAAAAUAAUCUACGAAAAGUUGUUGGAUGUUAUGGGGAAAAAAUAUGUACCUGUUGUCCUAGUUGGCAAUAAAACCGAUUUACAUCAAGAGCGCAUGGUAUCCACAGAAGAGGGACGUAAACUAGCUGAAUCUUGGCGAGCAAUAUUUUUAGAAACAUCAGCAAAGCAAAAUGAGUCUGUUGCCGACAUCUUUCAUCGACUUCUCAUAUCCAUCGAGAGUGAAAAUGGUAAUCCACAAGAAAAGAGCAAUUGUAUUAUCUCGUGAGAAGCUCAUUCAAGCAUAAGCUACCGGCCACGUCCACAACAACCACAUUAUUUUCUGAUUCCCACUACAGCUUUGACCAACAUUAAUGCGGUAGCAAGGGCUGUUGCAACUGAAAACAAUAACUUGACCAUAUCACAGUUGAGCUGUGCGGGUGAACUGAGGAAAAUGCUUCAUGAAAAACUGAAGGUCGUUAGAGGUGUAGUUGUUAUCUUGGUCGGAUGCGCGUGUAUGUGUGAAGUAAUGUGAAUGUAUAGGUGAGAAUGUUUGUGCGAUUCUUUUCUUAUAAUCAUCCUGAUGUUAGUUGCCGAAUUUCAUAUUGGUUGCUAUCAAAUUCUAUCUUCAUACAUAAUUAGGAGAUUUGUGCAUUGCCUAGGUUCGCUAUGCUUUGUAGAAAGAAAGUUUUAACAUUAAGUUGUCCCAAUCGUAAAUGUACAUCUGCUUAUUUAACAGGAGACUUUUUUGUUUCCUUUAAAUUGAGAAUAAAUGAAAAAAAUACUGCAGACGAUAACGACGUAACUAAAAACUUCAAAUUUUACUUUUAUAUUUCGUGGAAAGAACUAUACUAUAUUGUGGAUUUCUUGUACAACCUUAUAUUAUAUGUUAUGAGUAGUUUUAUGAAAGAAUGAAUUGCGAGUAAUUACACAAGAAAGUUAAUAAGCAUUAAAAACGAAAAAAAAAAAAAAAAAAUAUAUAA